AAUAUCUGGAAAAGUAACCUUUUUUAUAAGGGUACUAUAUUAGUAGAUCUUUAUUUAUUUUCUCGCUCUUUCGUCCAUUGAUAAGCCAAUAUAAGUAGUCUCGUUGAAUUUGAGCCGGAAAUAUUUGUUUAGGGAAUAAGAAAAGUAGACGAGUCAGAGCAGAGACAUCGAUCGUGGUGUGUUUUCUCUUCAAAAUUCAUAAGAAAAAAUAGAGAAAAUUACAGAAAAAACAGAGGAAGAGGUUGAGAUGGAGGAAAUGGCAGGACUUUUGAGAAUCCGAGUGAAGAAAGGGAUCAAUCUCGCUAAACGAGACACUCUAAGCAGCGACCCUUUUGUCGUCAUAACCAUGGGAACACAGAAGCUGAAGGGUCGUACUGUGGCAAAUAACUGCAACCCAGAGUGGAACGAGGAAUUGACACUUGCAAUCAAAGAUUCCAAUGAACCUUUGAAUCUGAUCGUGUAUGAUAAAGAUACAUUCACGUCGCACGACAAGAUGGGAGAUGCGGAGAUAGAUAUCAAGCCGUUCCUAGAGGUUCUCAAACUGGGUUUGCAAGAACUCCCAGAUGGAACAGAGAUCAAGAGAGUUUUGCCCACCAAAGACAACUGCUUGUCUGAAGAGAGCAGAAUCAUCUUCAAUAAUGGCAAGAUCGUUCAGGACAUGAUUCUUGUGUUGAGGAAUGUCGAAUGCGGCGAAGUCGAGAUUCAGCUUGAAUGGAUUGAGAUUCCAGGUUCUAGAGGACUGUGAAACGAAAUUGAAGUAUCUUGAUGGUUCUUAAACUCUCAUUGUGUGUAAUAACAAAAAAAGAUCUAAGUUUGUUUUGGCUUUCUGACAAAAUCGCAAUAAGCAGAACAGAGUACUUACUCUGUUUUGUAAUGGAAAAGUUUGGCUAUAAAUUUUAAACCGUUUCUAGUUUCCC